AUGUUAGCCCCGGCCACGGGUCAUGACAAAGAGCAGUGGCUUCGACUGUUGGACCGUGAGGUCGGGCUCGGGCUCACACCUCAAAAUGCUUUCGGUGUUGUCCCUUGGGAAUGGCUCAGACUCUUGGCGAAUUGGAUAGUUAGGGUGGCCUUGAUCCUCGUGAUUACGCUUCCGGACACGGUUGUUCGGAAAGCUUCGGAUGAAUGA